UUCUUCCUUUUCUUGGUUGUUGAAGCUGUCUGGGCCGGCUGUUGUUUCGUUUACUGCUUUCAUUUGUGGCGAAGAUGGCCGCUGGUUCCCUCUCCGCUGUUUCCAAUACAUCCGCGAAUAAUGAUGGGAUUCUUAUUGGCGACAAAGUUUACUCUGAAGUUUACCUUACGAUCGACAACUCUCUCAUACCGGAGGAAAGGCUUCAGCCGACCCCGUCUAUGCUGGAUGGCCUCGACCUGCACACGGAAACCGACCUCCGUAUCCUCGGCUGCGAGCUAAUUCAAUCGGCUGGUAUUCUUUUACGUUUGCCACAGGUGGCAAUGGCUACGGGUCAAGUACUUUUUCAUCGGUUUUUCUACUCGAAGUCAUUUGUAAAACACAGUUUUGAGAUUGUUGCUAUGGCAUGUGUCAACUUGGCUUCCAAGAUUGAGGAAGCGCCGAGACGAAUUAGAGACGUCAUCAACGUUUUUCACUAUUUAAAACAGAGUCAUAGAGGCAAACGGAGUACAAGUUCAUUGAUACUUGAUCAGAACUACAUUAAUACCAAAAACCAAGUGAUCAAAGCUGAGCGGCGUAUCCUGAAGGAGCUGGGCUUCUGCGUACACGUCAAGCAUCCUCACAAGAUCAUCGUCAUGUACCUGCAAGUCCUGGAAUGUGAGAAGAACCAGACUCUGGUCCAGACCGCCUGGAACUACAUGAAUGACAGCCUGAGGACCAACGUUUUUGUGAGGUUCCAAGCAGAAACUAUUGCCUGUGCCUGCAUAUACCUCGCUGCUAGAGCUCUGCAGAUGCCUCUACCGUCCAGGCCCCACUGGUACCUGCUAUUUGGAGCAACGGAGGAGGAGAUCAAGGAGAUCUGCAUCACCACCCUCCGGCUGUACACCAGGAAGAAGCCCAACUAUGACCACCUGGAGAAGGAGGUGGAGAAGAGGAAGAUGGCCCUUCAGGAGGCUAAACUGAAGGCUAAAGGACUGAACCCUGACGGGACUCCGGCUCUGUCCAACCUGGGGGGAUUCUCCCCGGGAUCCAAACCUUGCUCCCCAAAUGUAGUGAAGGCAGAAGAUAAGUCUCCAAACCCCCAGCACCUCAAACCUGUGAAGAAGGAACCUGACAGCCGAGCCCAGGGCUCCAAGAGCCCACACAACGGGCUGAGGAAGGAGGCUAAGAUUGGGAGAAAUAGCAGGAGUGGAAGCGGGUCUCGUUCCAGAACUCGCUCGCGAUCACGCUCCCCGCGCAGACAUUACAACAGCCGGCGCAGUCGCUCUGGGACCUACAGUUCUCGUUCUCGCAGUCGCUCUCACAGCCGCAGCCCCUCACCCAGACGCCACCCGCCCUCGCCCCUCCUCCCGCACCUCAAGCCUAAGACCAGCCACCACAGCAACAGUGACCCCAAGCCGUCGAGUCGUCACAGCAGCAGUGGGGGGGGGGCCCACAAGAGGAAGCGGUCGCGCUCCAGGUCGCGCUCCGCCAGCAAAGGAGAGCGGGAACGGGAAAGAGAGAGGGAGCGGGACCGAGACCGUAGCACGUCGGACCUCUCCUCGGCCAAGAAACACAAGCAUGAGAGAGGGGGCGGGGCCGGGGGAGGACAUCACCGCGGAGAGAGGAGGGAGCGGUCCAGGUCGUACGACAGGGAGCGGGAGAGGGAGCGCGCUCACAAGAGCAAACACCGCAGCAGCAGUGGGCGCUCGGGGCACGGACGUCACCAUCGCUGAACCAGGCUUCGGGGUCAGGAACCUGCUGCGCUCCUUAAAAGCAGUUGUGUUUUUUCAUCUGUCUGUUUUAUUUCUGUUGUACUUUCCCACCCCAUUCCCCCUUUUCAAACCUUUUUAGUUUAAAAUGUAAAGUUAAGGACUUGAAGAGACAACAUAUUUACAGUGUAAAGAUGGGUAACACUGCUGAUGUAUUGAUAACGCUUUGAUUUAUAAAAGCGACUCCUCAGCGGAAAGAAUGAAUGGGUUCACAACAAUAAACGUAUAAUUCAGGAAAAACAUCAAGACUUUUUGCACAGUGGAAUGAAGCAAGCGACGAUGGUAUUCUUGGUUUGAUAAUUUUUUCAGGGAGACGUGAGUUCGCUGAAGCUGUGAUCUGUACAGAUGCUAAGGAAAACUGGGGUUCUCUAAAAAUGGGCCAUAUUUUUUUACAGCUGGAUGCAGACUCCUGAUUUAAGAACCUUUUAGGAUCGUGGUGAAUUUGGUACACUGGUUUUUAGUCUGCACGUGUUCAUGUCUGAUUUUUACUCAAUAAAAAAAGACUGACAAUUGA